AUUCAGUGCACCGUUGAAUGGCAGUGCGUUAAGACAAGUUUAACACACAUAUCACCAGCAACAUUCUUACCAUCAACACUUAACGAUUUGUAAUAUAGCGACGAUUACGACGAAGAUUCUUUCAGAAAAUAUUAAUUUCCAUUAACAAUAUAUGUUAACCGAAACACGACAAUUUCAAUUUUAACAAGCAAUAAUUCAUGUGGCUCAACAACAAUGAACAUUAUCCUUGUAACAUGUGUCUUACUCCACAUAUUCGUCGAUAUAGGGAGUGCUUUGUCGUUAGAUCCAGUGGCGUCAGCUGAUUUGGAACAGAUUGUAAAAGACGAUUUUGUGAUUUCGAUGAGACAUAUAAGGCCUCGCCGGAAGUUCCAAAUCGCAAUUGAAGCAUUGUUUAUGAUCGACUUUCCGACGAUAAAACAUAAAUUUUCCUUCUUUUUGGAUCGCAAACAACAAAAAGUAACGCUAGACAUAGCCUCGAAUACAAUCACUCAUUCCAAACAUUUCGAAAUACCUGGCAUGAACGAAACAUCAACCAUACGAUCGUUGGCAUUAUUAUUUUCGGGAAAUGCGUUAACUUUGUACGUCGAUUGCAAAGAAUCAUCGAAACUGGACAUCGAUGUUGGACUGUCCAAAUUGUAUCUGCAAAUGGAAGAUCCAGUUAUCAAACUGUUCAGAGAAAGAAAGUAUCCGUUGCAUUUCGAUUCGUCGGUUGAACGGGCAUUCGGCAGAGCUAAUUGCCAGAAGAAUGGAAAACGAGGCAAUAAGAAGUUGCUGAAAAAUAAACAGAACGACAAAGAAAAAAAUAAGAAACGAGACAUCAGAGAUUGGUAUCAAUCCGGAAGAGACGAUCGAUACAGGGAACGUCAACCAGAUACUAGCAACGACAUUUAUCGAAGGGGCGAUAUUCCCAUUCUCCAUGGAGAUUGUGAUGACGCGCUCACCAAGGCGAUUCAAGAUUUAAUUGUUUUGGUCAAACAACUGAAGGAUGACGUCGGUCAACAACGCGGAGAAAUCGCCCAAUUGAGACAUUUAAUUGAAAAUUGUGCCGGAUGCAAAGAACCGGUGGAAGUUCGAGAAAAUUGUCAAAACGCCAAUCCAUGUUAUCCCGGUGCUCAGUGCUAUGACACGUCUACAGGAAUGAGAUGUGGUCAUUGUCCUCGUGGAUACGUCGGUGAUGGAAAGUCGUGUCGACCAGGAACUACUUGUGCUGACAGACCCUGCUACCACAAUGUACAAUGCUAUGACACGGUAGAAGGAGCUCAAUGUGGACCGUGUCCAUCCGGCUAUGAAGGUGAUGGCAAAACGUGCACUCAACAAAAUCCCUGCAACAGUCAUCCAUGCGCAUCAGGUGUUGAAUGUACACCACUAAGUCAUCAUCCAUACUACCGAUGUUCAGCUUGUCCGGCCGGAUUUACAGGAAACGGAACGCAUUGCCACGAUAUGGAUGAGUGUGACUUAAUCGACCCAUGCGAUGUGCGUGUAAGGUGUCAUAACCUUUCACCUGGCUUCCGAUGCGACCCAUGUCCAGCAGGUUUCGAAGGUCAUCAUGCCAAUGGGUACUUUGCUACCUCAUUACCACAUGACUACAGAAAUCAAGUUUGUCGUGAUAUUAACGAAUGUGAAAAUGGUCACGCACAAUGUGGUCACAAUUCGAUUUGUAUGAACACAGAAGGUUCAUAUCAUUGUAGCUGUCGACAGGGAUUCAACAGAGAUUCAUCAUCGUCUUAUUGUCAACCCAUGGAGGGAGUAUGUCCGGAUGGAACCGUUUGCGAUCGAAAUGCUGAGUGCAAACACGCUGGUGGCUACACAUUCAAAUGUAAGUGCAAAAUUGGACUUGCUGGUGAUGGUAAUUUUUGCGGACCAGAUAGCGAUAUGGACGGUUGGCCGGAUCAUCAUUUGAAUUGUACUGAUAUACGAUGCCGGAAAGACAAUUGCAUGCAUGUUCCGAAUUCUGGACAAGAAGAUGCUGAUAAGGAUGGAAUUGGUGAUGUUUGCGAUCCGGACGCUGACAAUGACGGAAUCUUAAACGAUCCGGACAAUUGCCAUCUGGUUUACAAUCCAGAUCAAGCCGAUUCUGAGCAUGGGGGCGGAGAUAAACAGGGUGACGCCUGUGACAAUUGUCCGUUCGUAUUGAACACUGAUCAAAUGGAUACCGAUAAGGAUGGGCUCGGAGACGCUUGUGACGAUGACAUUGAUAAUGACGGGGUUCUUAAUCGUCGUGACAAUUGCCCUAAGAAAUCAAAUUCUGAUCAACUGGAUACUGACGGCGAUGGUUUGGGUGAUGUGUGUGACAAUUGUCCGUUCAUACCGAAUCCGGGCCAGAGUGAUAGUGACAAUGACUUAAUCGGGGACGCAUGUGACAGCGACAUUGAUCGUGAUCGAGAUGGUAUUCAGGACAGUCACGAUAAUUGUCCAAAGGUUCCUAACCCAGAUCAACUAGAUACGGAUAAUGAUGGCCGCGGCGAUCAAUGUGACACAGACAAGGACAAUGAUGGAAUUUUGAACCAAGACGAUAACUGUCCAUUGGUCUACAAUCCAGCUCAAAUUGAUUCAGAUCACAACGGUGUCGGAGACAUAUGUGAAGACGAUUAUGAUUUCGAUAACGUAACAAAUUAUCGCGACAACUGCCCAAAUAAUUCGAAAAUAUAUUCCACUGACUUCACAACAUACCAGACUGUUGUACUAGAUCCGGAGGGUGAAAGUCAAAUCGAUCCGCACUGGGUAAUCUACAACAAAGGAGCUGAAAUCGUACAAACCAUGAAUAGCGAUCCAGGAUUAGCAGUUGGAUACGAUGCUUUCGGUGGUGUUGAUUUCGAAGGCACAUUCUUCGUUGAUACAGAAAUCGAUGACGAUUACGUCGGCUUUAUAUUUAGUUAUCAAAGUAAUUCCAAAUUCUAUGCUGUGAUGUGGAAGAAGAACAUUCAGACAUAUUGGCAAGCAGCACCGUUCAGAGCAUCGGCAGAGCCUGGCAUUCAACUCAAAUUGAUUGAUAGUUCAACGGGUCCCGGUGAAAUGCUCAGAAACAGUUUAUGGCACACGGGUGACACAAAAGAUCAAGUGAAAUUGCUGUGGAAAGAUCCACGGAACGUUGGUUGGAAGGAGAAAACAGCCUAUCGAUGGUUGUUGCUGCACCGACCGAAAAUUGGAUUGAUUCGUUUAAGAAUAUUUGAAGGAGAAAAUAUGGUUGCCGAUUCUGGCAACGUUUUCGAUUCCAGCCUAAAAGGCGGUCGAUUGGGGGUGUUCUGCUUUUCACAACAACAAAUCAUUUGGUCCGAUUUAGUUUAUCGAUGCAAUGAUAAUGUGCCCGGAACAAUAUACCGGGAAUUGCCACAGCGUUUAAGACACGAAGUGGACGUUGACGAUUCACGGUCGUAAAAGUGGACAUUUGAAGUCUGUAGAUAUUUUGUCACAAAGUGCUCGAAUUUGCAAAGCGUGUAACCAAACAUUAACAAAAGAGAAAUAAAAAGAAAAGUUUUGUAGUCACAAUACA